AUGGAGAAGGCAAAUCGAAAGAAAAAAUGGCCCAUGCCCUUGGGUCUCUUGCUACUUAUAUUCCUGUUUUCUGCUGAAUUCUACUCUCUUCUUUCCAUUGGCCAAAUUUCCAGAUGGCUUUUCCUUAGGAUGGAUUCACUAGAGAAAACUUCUUCUCCACCAAGGAUGUUCAUACAUGACCGCCAUGUGGUAAUGGACAAUGGUCUUGUUAGAGUUACAAUAUCCACUCCCGGUGGUAUGCUAACAAAAAUAAAUUACAAGGGGCAUCGUAAUGUUCUGAAUUCUCGUGUUCCAGAAUCACAAAGAGGGUACUGGGAUCUCGUAUGGAGCAGACCCGGACAGGUUGAAGAAAAUUUCCUCAAGCUUAGGUCAAAAGAUUUCGAGGUAAUAGCUCAAGAUGAUAAUCAAAUUGAACUCUCAUUCAAGAGCACAUAUGAUCCUUCGCUUGAUCACAAUGGCACCGAUCUACCCUUAAACGUGGAUAAAAGGUUUGUAUUGAUGCGUGGGAUGUCAGGGUUUUACUCUUAUGCGAUAUAUGAACGCUUGAAAGGGUGGCCUGCUUUGAAUAUUUUCCAAACAAGACUCACUUUCAAACUUGAUAAAACUCGAGGAUCUCCAACGAGGUCGACAACUUGCAUACAAAGAAGCUGUUUUGUUGACAAAUCCAUCCAAUCCGGCUCUGAAAGGAGAGGUGGAUGA